AUGGCUGCCGACCUCAUCAUGCCCACUAUUCCGGGCGACCAGCAAUCCCGCCAUUUCUUCCCUGAGCAGCGCUCUCAGCACAACCAGUCGUAUCAAAUCUCAGUCGGCCCUCAGAUUUCGCCCAUCAACACACAUGAAUCUACAAGCCCCGACUCCAUUUCGUCAAACCCCGCCUCGCCGAGAGCUUAUCAACAAGCACGUCAAGUCCGCCCCAUGUAUAUGCCUGCCGCUCUCCGUCCCAAUCUAUUCCCUUCCAAGGCUCAGAACAAGUCUAUGGAUGAUGCCGCUUCCGCUUCGAGCACCGAGUCCGAUACCACAUUGCGACGCACCAACAGCAGCAUCAUGAACCUCCCUGGCAUGUCUGUUUUUGGCAACCGACUUUCCCGCGUCUCUACCGGUGACAGCACCCGAAGCAGCCUCGACGGCGACUUCGAUCUCGAAAUGUUCCCCGAGGUGACGGCCCUGCCCAGCCGGAAACACUGGAAGCCCGACUCUCAAUCCUCCGUCUGCGACGAUCCGACUUGCAAGCGCACCUUCAGCUACUUUACUCGCCGCCACCACUGCCGAAAGUGUGGCAACAUCUUCUGCGACUUUCACUCAACCUUUGCUGCUCCUCUCGACCAGGACGCCAAGUUCAACCCUCGGGCUCCCGUUUCCCGUACCUGUCGUCACUGCUUCGAGGAGUUCAAGAACUGGUACAGCCGCAACAGCAGCCGAGCUUCUAGCGCCGCGUCCUCGGAUGCCCCCAACCCCGUCAAGUCCACUCCCAUUGCCGCCGGCGGACAGGGUGAUGCCCUCGAACUUCCUCGAGGACCUGAGGUUGCUGCCAGUGUACCUAGGGAUUGGAACUGGAGCACCUUCUAA